GGCAGGGCUGGGCAGAGCAGAGCCGGGCAGUGUGACGAUCAGUAGCUGUGCAGACGUUGGUUGGGGUACACACGAGCUGGUUCUCUGUCGUGCCAUCAACCACCUGACAGCGCCAUGAACGCAUCCCGCACCGCCAGUUCGAGGAAUCCUGGCCCAGGCGUUGUGUGACUUCAAGUGACUCGCGUUCAAUCCUGCCAUCCAAGUCUGUUUUGAGCUUCCUCGGUGAACUGUGUGACAUUGCUGAUGAUGCAUGAGGGGAGCAGAGAGAAAGCUUAAAGUGUAGGAGAACUGUGAACGGACUUACUAGGGCAGUGUCUCAUCUCCCUCAGACCAGUGCACGAGAGGCUCAGGCUUCUCGGGUGAGGCAGCAGAGACUCAACCAAAACAGCCGUGUGAACUAGGAGCAGCAUCCUCUUGUAUCCAUUCUUAGUGCGUGUUCUCGGCGCCCCUUCUCUGCCCCAAGACACCUUCCUCGCAUGUCUGAAUGCCAGAGUGGGGCGAGUGGUCCAUCUCGAUAGAGUGCAGCGAGUACCACGAGGACAGUCACACCGUCACCGCCACCAUGGUGCUGCACACCGUCAAGGAUGAGGAGGAAUCCCUCCAGGAAUCCCUCCAGGAAUCCCUGCAGGAGAAGGUGAUGAAGAAGAAGUACUACUGCAAGAACAACAAGAGGAAGAAGCAGCAGCCCUUUUCAGACAACGACACAUUCAAGUUUUCUGACUAUGACUUCAUCGGCUUCGACCUGGACAACACCAUCUGCCGCUACAAGGUCGGCGAGAUUAUGCGCCUCGAGUAUGACCUCAUCGCCAACUACAUGGUGAACCGGUACGGCUACGAGCCUGAGCUGCUGCUGCCCCUCGACGACGACAUAGACUUCCUCCAAAAGGGCCUCAUCCUUGACAUCAAGCGAGGCAACUUCCUCAAGUGCUCGGAGACGGGACGCAUUCUUCGCGCCAUGCACGGCACACGGCCGAUGAUCAGGGACGAUAUUGUCGCCACCUACGGCAAGAACUGCGUGUGGGAGCCCGUGAUUGACUUCAUGAGAACUCUCAGCGACCACCCGGUCAACGGAGAGCCCCCGGUGCUGCGCUCCUUCAAGGACUACUUCGACAUGCCGGCCGCCGUGGCGUACGCCAGGGCCGUUGACGCCCAGGACAGCUCCGAGGAAGGUCCCUUGGAGGAGUACGACAUUUGGCCGGACGUGCACGUGGCGAUGUGCAACAUGUAUCGGCGGGAACACUUCCGCAGAGACGAGGGCGGCUUCUUUCCCGAGAUGAGGCACCACCCCGAGAAGUACAUCUACGAGGCGAGCGACAAGCUAAAGCGGUGGCUCAAGGCCAUCAACGAGCACACCUACACGGCGAUCAUCUCAGGCUCCAGCAUCGACUACGCCUCGCACAUCGCCCGCUACGUGCUCGGGCCAGACUGGCGCGAGUACUUCGACAUCAUGAUCUGCACCGCCAAGAAGCCCGGCUUUUUCACCGCAGAUCGGCCCUUCCGCACGGUGGUUGGGGCCGACGACGGUGACGAAGUUCCCGCCCACAAGCUGCGCAUCGACGAGACUUACUCCGGCGGCAACUGGAGGGACCUGCUGGACCUUAUAAAGAGAGAGACAAGCAUGGACCAGCCGCACUGCCUCUACAUCGGGGACCACCUGGCGCAGGACGUGUUGACGCCAUCGAAGGAGGGCAUUGACACGGUGGCCAUCAUUGAGGAGCUGGCGGCCGAGGGCAUGGUGGGCGACCCGAUGGAGCACGACGCCGGCUGUGACCUGAUGAGCUCCUUCUGGGGCUCCUUCUUCACGGAGGACGGCGACAGGAGCAUCCUGGGCGUUGAACGCAUCAACACUCUGUACGGCAGCAUCCCUCUCAAACACGCUCGCAUCGCCGUGCCGUCCCUGGAGGCGGUGGCGAAAUUCCCAAUCAGGCACCAGUUUGAGGCCUUCAGUCAGGACACAUCAGGCUUCUUCCCAGGCGACCCCGUCAUUCUACACUUCUAAUUGUGUGUGUGAGUGUGUGUAUGUGUGUGUGUGUGUGUGUGUGUGUGUGUCCACGGCCAUGAUCUAAUGAUGUGUGUCCCAUCUCGGAGUUGGCAGCCCUCACAUCUGCUGCCGCUCCGUUUUUGUCGCCCCGCAACUGGCCACAACCCUGAUAAAAAGUCCCGUCUCACACUUCACUCCGCCGCGCCUCCGUCACCCUCCCCACGCCUCCUGCCGACCCUGGGCCUCGUCUCUGGCUCUUCUCACCUCUUGGCGCUUGUCCAGAGGCUAUAAAAAACAGCACCUCGAUCUUACCUGUGACGCGUUAACCUCAAGCCUUCAAUGUAUGCUUAAGAAACACCUAAAAACUGGCCAGAAGAAGGAAGAGGGGCGGGAGGGGUUCCAGGUGUGAGUGGGGCCGUGAAGCCUGAUGAACACGAGUGUAUCAACGUGACAAACGAAGCUACUGUGUGAGUCUGCGGUCUUGGCGGCCCCGGGCUGUGUUGUGUUAUGGGGGUAAUGCGCAGUUAUUUACGCGAGUGUAAAUCUGAGCGUCUUGGUUACAUUAACCGAUUUUCCUUUUGUUGUUGUGUUUUAUAGUUUAGUUAGCGGAGGUCUAAAUGAAUAAGUUAAGAGAAAGGAAGAAGGAGAAGAAGAAGAAGAAGAAGAAGAUGAAGAAAAAAGAGGAGAAAGCAUAAAAAGCAAUAUAUAAAAGAAUAGAAGUAAGGGAGAAGCUUGCUGUCGCCACUUUUCUGGUAAAAGAUGGUAUGAAAAUCAGUGGCUUUCGGUUCCCCUCCAGUUCGGUCCAAAACUCCCCAUUCACGCCAAUCACCACCAUUAAUAUUCCUCUUAAUUGCAAUCACCAUCAGGAGUGUAUGACAUCGACUGAAAUGAAACGAAGGCGAAACAUUAAUCAACAUCUUUCCCGCAGACUUGAACGGGAGCGUGAAUCAAGGAAAUGAUGAGUUGGGCCGAGCAGGACUGGAACCGAUGUUGUUAUAAGGAUUUUGCUGAGAGCUCCGCCCAGUAACACAGUCAGCACAUCAGGAGACAUAUCAAUAAACACAACACACACACACACACACACACACACACACACACACACACACACACACACACACUGAGCCCCCUAUCUAAAGGCGUUUGUGUUUUUGGACGGAUCCAAACUUAAGCAUGAAAAAAAAAUUAAAUAAAUAAAUAAAUAAAAAUAAAAACACUCAAUAUAGUAUGCGUAUGUCUGUCUGUAUGUAUGUAUGAGUGUGUGUGUGUGGUGUGUGUGUGUGUGUGUGUGUGUGUGUGUCAUACUCUUCGGCAUUAUCGCACCUGUUGAUAAAUGCAUACUAUCAUCUUUAUAGUUUCUAAGUAUAUGCAUCAAUAUAUUUUUUCGAGCUGUUAUCCGUUGGUCACACUAAGUAGCCACCUUCGGGCAGUGCCACGUAAGGUUCUAGUCUAUCGUUAACAUUCUAAGUCACUUUACUUUUAGCGUGGAGGUUGUUAUCAAAAUGUCACACUCGGCUUCAAGGCACACUGUCACACCUGAAGUCCAUUUCUCUGCAUCUGUGUCUCUAAGCAGCCUUAAUUAAGUCUUGCCUCUGAGUCACCUGUUAGCAAGAACGUAGCUCUAAGUCGCCUUGUUUAACCCGGUAGCAGUUUUUUUAAUUUAAUGUUUUUUUAACGGUCCCCCCAAGCGAGAAAAAUGAGAAAAAAUCACCUCUCACACAAACCCUUUCAUAAUAUAUAGCAAAGCAUUUGUGAUCAGAUUAUGUAUCAUCUAUUUUUUGGGGGUUUAAAUCAUGGCACAAAUUUGGCCCGUCGCUGCUACCGGGUUAAGCAUCGCUCGCCUCGCUGGGUCACCACCCCAGACAAUAAUGUGCUGAGGUGUUUUCUUAGUAGUGAUAUUGGUUAGUGGGAUAAAGUCUGUUGUAGUGUACAUUGAGAGUGUUGUCAUUCGUUACGGCUCACCAUACACUCAUGCCUCACGCCCAUCUGACUCAUGACUCACCCCUGGACGAUGAUCUCGCCCCUGUUCUUGGUUUUGACUCACCCCUUUAAUUCUCGUAUCCUGAUGACCUUUUUAUAAUGUUUUAGUUGGGGUUUAUAUUGCGUCUCGAUCUCUUUUUCCUAUUAGUAACUCAUUUCUUAUUUGUAAACUACCCUCUUUUAUUUUUUCUAAUGUUUUUCUUCAGUAUCUUUACCCUCAUAACAUCAAUCCCUAUUUCCGUUCUGUUUUAUUUUCUUCCACUUCAAUUCCUGUUCACUUUCUUUCCUUUGCUCCACUUUCUCCUCCUCCUCUCCGCCGCCCCUUGUGUCUGAGGCAAAGUCUGUGUCGGUCUGUGAUCUCCUCGUCUCUGUUACGCGGGAAGGUAACGGAGACAGACAGUUUAUAUUUUUAUACACGAAAUGAUAAUUAUUGCUAGCGUUAAGUUCUGCUCCCUCACUCGUUGUAGUGUUAAGAAGUGACAUUCAUAUAAUUUUAAGGAUAGCAAAAUAAACUGAUGAACUUUUA